AUGGAGCCCCCAGAGGGGCUGGCCAGGGCACGCCUGGUGCCUGCUGGGCUGGUGGCUCACGCAGCCGGGCACGCCCUGCCCCACAUCCUGUCUGCCUUGCCUGGCAGUCUGGCUCUUGGUGCUGAUGAUCGACAAGGGUUGCUGUGGCUGUAUGUUAGUUUUGGGACAAGCAGCCAGACCCCAGGACAUGCCCUGACCUCAGUGGCCCUCUACACAUACGAGGAUGGCUCUGAUGACCUGAAGCUGGCAGCAUCAGGAGGUGGAGGUUUGCUGGAGCUUUCUGGCCACUUUGAGAUCCAGAAGGUGAUGUAUGGCUUCUGCAGCGUCAAGGACCCACAGGCCGUGCUCCCCAAAUAUGUCCUCGUUAACUGGGUGGGUGAGGACGUGCCGGACGCCCGCAAAUGCGCCUGUGCCAGCCACGUAGCCAAGAUCGCCGAGUUCUUCCAGGGUGUCGAUGUCAUCGUCAAUGCCAGCAGCGUGGAGGACAUUGACCCCGGGGCCAUUGGGCAGCGCCUCUCCAACGGGCUGGCCCGCGUCUCCAGCCCGGUGCUGCACCGCCUGCGGCUGCGCGAGGAUGAGAACGCCGAGCCCGUGGGCACCACUUACCAGAAAACCGACGCCACCGUGGAGAUGAAGCGGCUCAACCGGGAGCAGUUCUGGGAGCAGGCAAAGAAAGAGGAGGAAUUGCGUAAGGAGGAAGAGAGGAAAAAGGCCCUGGAUGCCCGGCUGCGGUUCGNGCAGCAGAAUCGGUUCCCGGGAAGGCGAGUGCCGGUGGCGGCUCCCCCACACACACCUCCAACGCUGAUCCCGGCCGGGCAGCGAUCCCCUGCCAAUCCCACCCGUGGGGCUGAUUUUGCUCCAUCGUCCCCAGCUGCUCCAUCGUGCCCAGCCGGUGCUCCAUUGUCACCCGAGCGCCUGGCACUCAGUGCCUGCGGGAGCAGCAUCCCCGCUGCGGGGUGCGGGAUGAGGGGUGAUGCUGCUGGGGCUGCAAGGUGAUGGGGACAGUGCCAU